GCAUCUCAAAUUCACCCUGUAAAUUUUGACAGUCUCAUCACGAAGAAUUUUCUGCAUCCGCAAUGAGGGCAAAUUUUGCAUUUCUCGUGAUUUUUCACACCCUUCUGGGCUACUGCAACUUCGGCCAAGCAGCUGAGGUAUCCCUAGAAGAGGUCGAGGAUCAGGGUAGGUAUACAAUUGAGGGACGAGUGUAUCCGCCUGAGUUGUUUCCGGACACGGAGAGUCAAUGGCAGAAGGACACAGUUAUCAGCAUAAACGGAGGCGAGUCCCUGGGAUUCCUGCGUGAGGAUGGGUCCUUCAUAAUCAGCGGAGUCCCCUCCGGAAGCUACGUGCUUGAGAUUGUCAAUGCCGAUUACAUUUACGAGUCGGUACGCGUGGAAAUUAAUCCCAAAGGCAAAUUCCGGGCCCGGAAGGUGAAUUUCGUGCAGCCCGCGCAGGUCAUUCAAGUGCCCUAUCCGCUGAAACUGAAGGCGCUCACGCGGUUCAAGUAUUUCCAAAUGCGCGAGCAGUGGAAGAUCACUGACUUCCUUUUCAAUCCCAUGGUUCUCAUGAUGAUCCUCCCUCUGCUGCUCAUGUUGGUUCUGCCCAAGAUGAUGUCUGACCCGGAGGCGAAGAAGGAAAUGGAAAAUCUGAAUUUGUCAAAGAUGACUAAUGAGAUGCCGGAAAUGAGCGAAUUUAUCACAUCCUUCUUCACUGGUGGUCAGCAGAAGCAGGAUAAGCAGAAAGCAGCCACAAAAUCACAGGCGAAGCGAAGAAAUAAUAAUUAAAUUUUCCAUGUUA